CGCGAACAUGGCCGCUGCACGCCUACCCUUUCUUUGGCCUAUUUUCUACCGUCCGCUCAAUUCUCCGCAAACAGCAUCCCGGAUUGUGCGUCGGGAUGUGCGCUUGUCGAAGGACGUAACUACCGCGGCCCGUAGGGCACAAUCGAGGGUGGUUCAGAGAUACGGCACGGCUCAAGAGCCAGCACCACACUUUCGAGAGGCAGAAAUUUCUGAGGAAAAGAAAGAAAAGCCGGCGGAACUCGAUUCUAAAAGUCCCCGUGCAAAUGCUGUGGAAGAAGAGGAGGAGGAAGGGGUGCUCCCACCUUCGUCCCCCUCUCCUCCCAAAACUCUCGGCGGCUCUGAGUCCGUUUCUCAGUCCACAUCAGACCCUCUGCGGAUGCCCGAGUCGAAGCAUCUAGAUACAGUUCUCCAUAUGCCGUCGCCGGCAGAGGAAGAGAAACAGAAGCCACCCCACCUCAAGCCCCCGCCCUACGUCCAUCAUUUCGAUACAUAUAGCCUCGUAAAAGAUCUAGCCAAGAGCGGCUUCAAUAAAGAGCAGGCCGUCACGGUUAUGAAAGCUGUCCGAGGAAUCUUGACUGAUAAUAUGGAGCUAGCCCGCGCAAGCCUAGUGAGCAAAUCCAAUGUUGAGAACGAGACGUAUCUGUUUCGGGCAGCAUGCAGUGAGCUGCGGACCGAGAUCAGUAAUAACCGGAAAGGGGAGACAGAGAAAAUGAGGACGGAAAGAAACCGGCUACAGCAUGAGGUUGAUAUCUUGAAUCAGCGCUUAAUGCAGGAGACCACAGCACUGAAAGAUGAAUUGAAGGGCCUCUUUGAUGAUAGAAAGAUGGCGGUCAGGCAAGAACAAAGGACUAUGGAGACCAAGAUUCAGGAACUAAAUUACAAGAUCACGGUCGCAUUGAAUUCGGACGCAAGAAGCGAGGUUGAGGGACUGAGAUGGGUGCUGACCAGACGAGCCGCGAUUGCCAUCGGAGUGUCCGCGCUGAUGUUAUUCGCGGUCUUGCGGUAUUCGAGUUAUGUCACACAUGCUCAGUCGGAGGAGAGGAAAAAGGCUCGGGAAACUAAGCCAUCUCCUGACCAACGAAUGUUGAAUCCCGGCAAUCCCAACUCAGAACCUCUGGGCGGUGAGCUUCUAGCUUCAGAGGGAGGGGCAUCACUGGGAUAG